UUUCUUCUUGUUGUUAGUUGCAUUCACUUCUCAUUUUGGUUGGAAUGAACGAAUUGUGAAUGAAGUUCAAGCGAGCCCCAGCAUUUCUCAAAAGCAGCGACACAUUUCAAAGAGGGAAGAAUCUGUCAAAGAAAAGGAAACCAAAAACUACCCAACUAUCUUUGAAGGUGAUUGUGAGUUUUGGAAUCUUAUUGUUGCAGAUUAUCCUAUCUCAAGAGAGAAGCAUUCAGAAACUUAAUGAGCUUGUAAAUAGUCUUCGAGAACAAUUGCUACACUGCAAGGACAAAAUUGAAGCUGUGAAUAACACUUCAGUUCCGCCAAUAAAAAAAAAGCAAUUCAGUUCCUUUGACAAAACCUCAAAAUGAACUCCAG